AUGAACAAGCCAACUGGAGAUUAUGAGGCCGAGUUUACAUCGGAGCAGAACAUGCCAGUUCAAUGUAAUCGAUGCAAACAGCAAUUUGCACCGGGUACCCGGCUCCAAUGGAUGCAUAAUAAGCAUCAAGGCGAAGGGUGUUACCUUUGUGGCUCAUGCUACGAGUACUAUUUAUCGAAGAAAACUACGAUACGUCGUGAUAACAAUCAGGGUCACAAGUCCGAAAUAGCAGCUCGUAAUGUUAAAGCUUUGCCGGUUGCUUCAGCUGCCGCUCACGUUGGUCGUGAUAAUGCUGCAACUUCCGAAGCAGCUGUAGUCCAGAAGCAUAUUGCUGCAGCGCAGCGUGAUGAGCGCCUUGCACCUGUUGUUGCUGUGGGAAGAAAUAUUACACAAAGUGUUGCAUAUGGUUCUCCAGUCACAAAUAGGCCUGCUCGACAACAAGGCGUUAGCUCCUUUGGAGCUCUGUCUGGUCCUGGAUCGACUGUUGUGAAUGUUGGUCUUAAAGCCAAAUCGCUUACCUUUCCACAAAAGGAUUUACUCAAUCCGGGCUAUCAAGAAGCACAUGGAUUUUAUAACGAGAUGCGCCAACAUUUUGCGGCUAUGGCGUAUAGCUCCGUAGCCAAUGCAGAGCUUGUAGUGGUCAAAGUUUGGCUUUCUGUCCGUGUUCCGACCAAAAAAAGCCCAGUUCAUAUCGCUGGUCUUCAUGAGGCCGUUUCAAAUAUUCCAGUUCAUAUAGGUCUAACUGAUCUUAAACGGGUAAUGUAUUAUGCUUUACUUCCUCAAUUUUUGGAAUGGUCAAAGGGGUUUCCUUUGCGUAUCAAUGACUGUGUUGUUAGGAAUAAGUUAUGGGUUGAACUUAUUCCAAAACAGCCAGAUGUUGAUGCUAUAUCGGAACACUUUUUCAGUUUCAAAGGUCGGAAUAAGCUUUCAAAGAUUUUUACUCCGAAGCAAGGAAUUGAACUAUACCUUUGUAUUACUCACCGCCUUUAUGAGUCUAUAAUAGACCAUAUUACGGAGCCAAAGGAAACUUCUCAUCGGCGGAAUGAUGAAAUGCAGGUAAGUAUUUUACUAGCUUCGCUUCAUGGAAGUAUAGCAUCUAAGGCUGUAAAGCGCAAAUAUUGGGAAUCAGAUAAUUUUGAGGCUGAUCCAGUAGAGGGUCCAUCACUUCAGCAUACAGCAGAUGAGCUAAAAAAUGCACUUCAGCUUCAAGUCCCACCGCGCAAAAAAAAUAUGAAAUCGUUAUUUCAGACAGUUAUUGAAGAUGUUUCGUUCUUCAAACUACCACCUCCAGUUUCAUUCAGCGACUUGGUUAAAAACCCAGAUGAGCUUCAAAAUCCCCAGCACUUUGCACCAAUGAAUGCAACUAUUUCCUAUGAUCCUUCAGCUAUACCGUUUAAAGGAGCUUUUAAAUUGGCUCGCGUGGGAUAUACUUCUACGCCCUUUCUCGGCAGUCGACUUUCAAAUACUUGUAUUUGUAUCAAGCAAAUAUUUGGUGGUAUUGACCCAGUAACAGACAAGCCUAUUGUUUACGAGGGUCAAACUCAGGCGAAAAAGGUCAGCAUUGAAUUGAACUGUCUUGGUUGGGCAUCUGCUCUUAUGGAACUCGUCUAUCAGAAAAAGCGCACCAGAGGAGUGCCUCCUUUUACUAUUCCGGUUAUGCGCUACGUCAACUCGGGUCUUGCUAUUUCCAAGACCAACAAUGCCAAUGUCUACCUUUUGGAAGAAUACAUUGAAAGCAAAUCUCCUACUGGUGAUGCAUGGUUUGUGAAAUAUCUCAAUAACAGCUCAGCACACCCCGUUUAUUUCGCGAAUCCGGAACAAAAUGAAUGGUCACAAUUCCUCUCGUUUGCACAACACAUUCAAUAUAUUGAGACAAAGGGACUUGCCUUUGUUUCUGAUUUUCAAGGCACCUCAAUACCAGGCCUUAUAUUUGGUGACGGAAACACAAAAUUUGAAACAUUUGCUCUCGAGCACGAUUGUAACAAAUUUUGUCAAUUUUUUGGACUUCCUAAAAUUGACCGACCUCGUAUCAAUCUGGCCGACAUUCCACCGCUAGUGGAAUCGGAUUCACUUCCCAGCCAAAUUCGUCGUCAGAAAAGCGAUUCCGGGAGUGCAGAUAUGGAAUUAUCAGAGGAUUAA